UUCGACAAGAACAGUAUAAAUAUAUAAUGUUUCAAGUAUCUCCUCAUAGUUGCGUCCUGCUGUUUUCAAGAGAAAAAAAAAACAGAAUGAAACUUUUUGCCUUCUUCGCAGCUGUUCUGUUGGCGGUUGAUGCUUCUACUGACAAGGACCAAUGGGUGGCAUUCAAGCAAACCCAUGGCAAAACCUACAAAAGUCUUCUAGAGGAAAGGACUAGAUUCGGAAUAUUCCAGAACAAUCUGCGAACAAUCGAAGAACACAAUGCCAAAUACGAAAGAGGCGAAGAAACCUACUACUUGGGAGUUAACCAUUUUGCUGACAUGACACAAGAAGAAUUCUCGCAUAUGCUCGGAUUGCAGAAUGGAGAAAGACCAAAUUUAAACGCAACUCUUCACGUUUUUCCGGAAAAUUUGGAAGUGCCAGAAUCCAUCGACUGGGUCGAAAAAGGAGCAGUCUUAGAUGUAAAAAACCAGGGAACAUGCCAAUCUUGCUGGGCAUUCAGUGCCGUAAGUAAAUGAUGAAGUAGAUUAAAA